CUCCCGGCCCGCGUGUGUGUGCCGGCGCCUCGCCUCGGUCAACCCCCCUGCAAAGGCAAGGACAAAGAGGCUGAGCGGAAGGCUCCGUCGGAGCCACAUUCACCUGCAGCCGCCAAGAUGGUUUGCGGGGGCUUCGCGUGUUCCAAGAACUGCCUGUGCGCGCUCAACCUGCUCUACACCUUGGUUAGUCUGCUGCUGAUUGGGAUUGCUGCAUGGGGCAUUGGCUUCGGGCUGAUUUCCAGUCUCCGGGUGGUCGGCGUGGUCAUCGCAGUGGGCAUCUUCCUGUUCCUGAUUGCACUCGUCGGGCUAAUUGGGGCCGUGAAGCACCAUCAAGUGUUGCUGUUUUUUUACAUGAUUAUUCUCUUACUUGUAUUUAUUGUUCAGUUUUCUGUAUCUUGUGCUUGUUUAGCCCUGAAUGAGGAGCAACAGGGUCAGCUUCUGGAGGUUGGAUGGAACAAUACAGCGAGUGCUCAAGAUGAUCUCCAGAGAAAUUUGAACUGCUGCGGAUUUCGAAGUUUUAACCCGAAUGACACCUGCCCAGCUAGUUGUUUUAAAAGCAGCCAGCAAUGCUCUCCGUGUGCUCCAAUAAUAGGAAAAUACGCUGGGGAAGUUUUGAGAUUUGUUGGUGGCAUUGGCCUCUUCUUUAGCUUCACAGAGAUCCUGGGUGUUUGGCUGACUUACAGAUACAGGAACCAGAAAGAUCCUCGCGCUAACCCUAGUGCUUUCCUUUGAUGUGCAAACAAGGAAAAUCUUUCCUAUUUGGAUCUUGUUCACUUCCUCUAACUUUAAGUUAAAGCUGAUUUGGCUGUUUGAGGAAACAGUGUCUGAAAAAAAUUUUCAUUGUCAACAGUGGGAGUCUAUUUUUACUGUUAUGUUUCUCUUUAAAUGUUUUCCUUUUUUUCAUUGCUGAAAAAAUUUGAAACGUGUGGUCUUCUCUGAACCUCAGUGGUACCUUGUAACCUACUGUAUUCACAGUGUCUGGCGCUGUCCACUGUGGCCUUUCUUAGCAUUUUUACCUGCAGAAAAACUUUGUAUGGCACUAUCGUGUUAAUCACAUUGUGAAUCUAAUUAUACAUCUCACUGGAAUACUUAAUUGUAUGUAGCACUGUGUCCUGUAGAUAGUUCCUACUGGAGAAGAAAGUGUAUGUUUAUUACACCCAGAAAGUAGAAGAUUCUAUUAUGUUAAGUUCUAUGAGGGAAAUGCAAAUUCCCAAUAUUUGAAAAUCUUUUUUGCAAAGAUGCAUUGUGGUGAAAGUUGUUCCACUAAAAGUGGUAAUUUAGCUCUAGUAGACUUUCAUGAUUACACUAAUAUGUUUAGAAAUAGUUAUGUCAUUGGGAAAAGUGGGGUUUAGUUGUGACUUUCCAGAUAAUUUCAAAAGAGAAAUGAAUUCAUGAAAUGUUCUGGUGUACAUAAUGUUUGCCUUCAAGCUUUCAAACUGGAAUGUUUGAGAAAUUCAGAAAGUUUAUGUAACUGAUAUUCUUUUUUAAUAAUUUGAAGUUCAAAAGACUGUGUUUUUAAAUGAGUUAUUAAUGCAUUGGUCCAUGUAGCAAAAAGAUAUUUGAUUAUCUUAUAAAUUGUUAAAUACCUUUUUCAAAAAAUUUCUCAGUAUUGUAAUAGCAACUUGUCAAAUCUAAUGUACUUGAAUGUGAUUUCCCUUAAUUUGAAAUUGAAAUAGUAUUGUGGUUCUGUAUAUUAUGCUAAAAAUUAAAGAAUGGAGCCUUU